AUGAUAUAUUGGUCUUUACAUGGAAGUAGACGGAGACCUGAAACCCUACUCUCCGGGCAAAGCCAUAAAUUGCCGGCGGCUCCGGUGGUCAAUUCCGACCUCUCCUUCGCUUACGAACUCCAAUUGCAAGAAGCUAUGGCUGCCUCCCUCGCCGAAAAUGGAGGCGGUCCGAGUUCCUCAAACCCUUUCGAGGAAGAUUAUGAUCGACUCAUUGCUAAUGAAAUCUCGUCCUACGAACAGCAACUCCAAGAUCAGUUGGUUGCUGAGGCGGAAAUGAAGAAAAUCCGUGAAGAUCUCAAUCGGAGCAUCCACGAUCACGCGCCUUUGCCCGGGAGAUACUUAAUAUGCCGGAAAAUGGUUCAUGUGAAGGGUUCGAUGGGGAAUAUGAAUGGGAAUGGAAAGCACGAUGCUUAUGUUGGAGGGAUCGGAGUGGCGGUUUGUGAUAUGAAUGAUUUGUUGAUCUUUGAGGUGAGGAAGAGAGUUGUUGGUGGUGAAAUGAGCAUUGAAGUAGUUAAAGUGAAGGCCCUGAUUGAAGGGCUUCAUGUUGCAACAAUGUUGGGUUUGAAAAGGAUUCUCAUCAUUUGUGACAGUCAAUUGAUACACCAAUGCUUCACAGGCAAAUGGCAUCCAAGAGAAGGUAAUCUUGGAAGACUAUUUAGUCAACUUACUAUCCUUCUGAGGAAUUUGCCUCGUUGUAAAUUGUGUCUUGUGGCUACAAAACGUCUCAAGUUUGCAGCCAAACUAGCUCAAGAUGCAAUUGUUUCCCAACCUGGAAAGCAUGUUGGUGGAAAAAAGCCUAUUGAGACGUGCUAUUUGUUUGGAAGACAUUGA